AUGGGCGCCUCCUCUCCAAAAUGCCUUCGUGACUCACUGCGCCAGGCUCUGCAUCAACGAGAAACCAAGCUAUGUCGUCGAAAACUCACGGUGUUGCCUUCAUCCUCUGUUGACUUCUCUUCAAAUGACUUCUUAUCGCUGUCAACCUCACCAGUACUCCGUGCGCGGUUUCUGGAUCAUCUUCAACAAGCCCCGCCACUACAUCCGUUCGCUAGCGGAGGGUCUCGGCUUUUAGAUGGCAAUUCAGCGUAUGCAGAAAAUCUGGAGAAAUAUAUCGCAGAAUUUCACAAUGCCCCUAGUGGUCUUCUGUUCAAUUCUGGGUUCGACGCGAAUGUGGGCGUUCUGUCAACCAUUCCACAGCCUGGAGACUUAAUCGUAUACGAUGAGCUCAUCCACGCCAGCGCGCAUGAAGGAAUGCGGCUGUCUCGAGCUGGGAAGCGGGUUAAGUUCUCUCACAGUUCCCCGGAAGCCCUGGAAGCCGUUCUUCAAGCGGAGAUAUCGUCGGAUCCACAACUACGUGAUGGCCAUCGAAACGUCUUUAUUGUCGUUGAAUCUGUCUACAGUAUGGAUGGAGACGUUGCUCCAAUUGGGGAUUUUCUUGAAGUCUCUGAAAGGCUCCUCCCAUGCAAGAAUGGACACUUCAUUGUGGAUGAAGCCCAUGCGACCGGCGUUUUCGGUCCGCGAGGUGCUGGGGUCGUCCAGCAAUUAGGAGUGGAGGACCGUAUCUUUAUUCGGAUGCAUACAUUCGGAAAGGCAUUGGCCAGUCAUGGAGGUAUGAUGAAGCUUCUUCGCCUGGGAACAGGAUUAAUUGGUCUUUUAGCAAUUGUACUAUGUUGCUCAGAUACCAGAGACUACCUCAUCAAUUACGCCCGCACCUUGAUCUACACUACUGCCUUAGGAUUUCCCUUUCUUGCUUCCAUUCGCAGUGCCUAUGAGAUACUAGCCGAAGGCGAGACUGUCCAGCUACAACGCAGGCUCGGUCAGUUGAUCAUAUAUUUCCGGAGUCGGUUGGAAAGCCUUAGUGCUUGGGGACCCGCGGUGCUCGAAAUAGACCAUUUCACAAAUUCACCAAUAUUUUCACUCCGGAGCCACGUUCCCCGUGAGCUUGCUAGUGUUUGCCAACAGGAGGGGUAUAUCGUUCGCGCAAUAAUGCCGCCAACGGUCCCAGCAGGGAAAGAGCGCGUACGGGUUUGUCUCCAUGCGGGAAAUACGAUGGAGGAGAUUGAUGGCCUCAUAGAGACUAUACAGAAGUGGCUGCAUCAGACGAAAAAGAACGCGGCUCGACUUUGA